AUGUCCAAGACCUUCAAGUGUGCUGCAGUGGAUCAGCUUCAUUCGCCAGAAAUACUAAACAGCCUUCAUGAGGUUCCUCCAGCGAGUCCUCAAUCUCAGUUCUCACAGCUGGUCCUGGACAGCUACGGCCUUGUCAACAGCGUGGAAGUGAAUAGAGGCAGAGGAAUUCAAGGGCAGCCUACGGAGGAAAAGCUAGUCAACACUUCCAGGCACACAGCAAAUAGAAGAUUCUCAUUCUCAGAAACUCUCCAGAGGAGGUCUCAGAAAUGCCUCCAGAGGAGGGUCUAUGAACAGCAGCCACCAACACCCUCGGAGCUACCGCCACUUAGAGCCUCCACGAUCUCUAAUUCCGUGACCAUCAGCAUCACAACCGCUGCCGUCAUCAGGACCACCACCCCCUUCACCACCGUCAUCACCGGCAAGAUGACCGUCCCCUCCAUCAUCGGUACUGUCAUCACCAUCAUCGCUCGCACCGUCACCUCCACCACCGUUUCCAGCACCACCAUUACCCCCAUCGCCACUACUGCCACCACCACCACCUCCGUCAUCACCGCCGUCACCAUCACUGUCCCUACCACCAUCAGUUGCACCGUCACCGCCAUCACCAGCUUCCCCACCAGCAGGAUCACCGUCACCUCUGUCGUCAGCGCUGUCACAGCCAUCACUACUGUCAGCACCACCACCACCACCACCAUCACAACCGUCACUUCUGUUGUAGCCACCACCACCAACAGUACCACCCCCUCUACGCCCAUCACCACCACUGCUGUCACCUCGAUCACCACCCUCACCUAGACCACCACCACCAUUAAUAUCAUCACACCCGUACCGCCACCACCAGCGCUUUCACCACCUCUAUCACCAUCACCAAGAACAAUACCACCACUGCCAUCACCAGUGCUACAGCUGCUGUAACGCCACUGCCGUAGCUGCUGCUGCUGUCAUUG